AUGCAAGAAGAAAGCAAUGGAAGAAGCCAUUUCUCCAUGGCAAAGGAAGCCGCAGAUUGGAUUCUUUCGCGAAAGGCGGGUCUUUCAAACUGUCAUCUUGCAUUGCGAUUUGCUGAAUAUGUUCAUAUAUUUACUCAGGCUAAAGAGCGCAUUUCAAUCAUUCUUUUUGGCUGUGAGGAGACGAAGAACCCGCUCGACAUCAAGGGAGUGCUCCUGCAAAACGAAGUCCUCUCGCCUUUGAGUUUCGACCACCUUCGCUUUCUGAGCCAUGAAGUAAACAGCAGUGCAGCAGGCGUUGGCAAUGCUAUUGAUGCUCUUGUUGUUGCUACCGACUUCUUACAUCAACAGACAGAUGGUGACGUCGCUGUGCAAUCAAAAAACAUUCUUAUCUUCACCAAUGGAAUCCCCCCUUUUGAUGCUCGCAAGUCUGAAGUAUCUGCAUUAGUAAAUGGAAUUAAUGCCAUGGAGGCCACUCUUGUGGCAAUGUAUGUUUACUUCUGUUGA